AGUAGCUGCGGACAAAUCUGUGUGUGUCUCUGUCAGUCUUGGCUGCGAAAUCGGACCGUUGCGACCCAGGACGAACAUACUCUGCGUUUUCCCAGAAACGACAGAUUUCGAGAAAGCUCUAAUUAUGAUCAUGGGGUUUUAAGACUACAAUUUCAUGCGAUCGUGGUGAUUUUACAUCAAGUUUAGUGAGCUCCGUCGCUGUCUGACUCGACCCCACCGACUGCUGAGUGAGAUUGACCUCGGUCAGUUUUAAUUCUUCACGCAGCCCAACUCUCGUUAUUGCUGUGUGUGGAGAGAGUUAUUUUUGUGCGGGGACAGUGUUUACCUUCAUGGCCAGUUGUUUAUUAUUAAGAUAAUCACCUGUCAUAUCUGAGGUUGAAGAGAUUAGCUGAAAGCUCUGGAUUGAUACGACUCGACAGACUUGGCUGCAGAGCAGCAGUGGGAAGCAGGCCAAGGAACACUGUAGCGAAUCGGACCAGUCCCUGCUAAACUUAUGUGUGUGUAUUGCAUAUGUUGUUUUGAAUUUGUGUAUUCUAGCACCCGUUACAUCUGUACGCAGAACGUGACAAAACAGAGUGAAGUAGAAGGUUACCUCAUUCCACAGGCAUUGUGGUGAGAUGCAUGAUGGGAUGUUCACCCAGCAAGUCAGUCUCAGAUCCACAGUUAUCAGACAAAGAAAGGAACACAGACACAGUUCAAGAGUUUGACAAAACUGGUAAAUACAGAGAAAGUGAUAAUUUAUCUACAGACGAUGAUACAAGUCAGAAAUUAUCACAAAAUGAUCUCAACUCUGAUAGCAAUAACAAAGACUCGUCCUAUAACCGCUAUAAGCAUGACAAUGAUACUGAAAAGCUCAACUCUAUUAAUAGAAUGAAAGCACAGCCACAAAUGACGGGUGUUUUGGCAACCAAUGCCAGGCAAGUUUCACAAAGUCAAACAGAAUUUUUUCAAAUGUUGGAUGAAAAAAUUGAAAAGGGUAGAGACACCUUGUCGGAACAAGAUAUUACGUAGCAAAUGCAAAACUGUUUUGUUUUUUUUAAGAAAAAUAAACAAGUAGUUUGACUCAAUUUGUGAAACAUUACGUUUAAUUAAAAAAAAUAACAUUCCUUUUGAUAUGAACAAUAUGGAGUUGAAGAAAAGAACCAGUUGUGGUUAUGAAUCUCUUCUCUGCAAUCAGUAUUCAAACAUUGCAUUUCCCGUACUCCACUAGUGUCAGCACCAUUAUUAUCUACAACAUGUAGAAUAGAAAGAUGAUUAAUUUAGAAAAUGUACAUUUUUUCAAUGAUCUGACUAAACAGUAUUUGUAUAUAUCCAAGAAGAAGAUGGAAAAACAGGUUCUUAUUUUUAUAUACCCGUGAAAAAGACAUGUUUUGUAGUUAAAAUCUUAGCGAUGUUUUGUUUCUGUGAUAUGUAAGAGUGCAGAUACAGACCCUCACACAUUCUGGUGCUAACAGUCAGUAGUGGUGCCACAACUAUCUUGUGACUUGUAUUGUUAUGUUUCCACAUUUGCACAUUACUCUGAAACAGUAUUUUUACCAUUUUUGUAUGUCUUUCACAUUGUAACUUCAUCUUGCCAAGUUUUGUUUUGUUUUGUUUUGUUUUGUUUAGUGAAGCCUGCAGUAGAUGUUCUACUGAGAUAUAACUGCACAGUGACUUGAACGGACACUGCAUAAAACUGAACAGUGACUUAAAGGGACACUGCAUAGAACUGCACAAUGACUUAAAGGGACACUGCAUAGAACUGCACAAUGACUUAAAGGGACACUGGGUAGAACUGCACAGUGACUUAAAGGGACACUAUGUAGAACUGCACAGUGACUUAAAGGGUCACUGGGUAGAACUGCAAAGUGACUUAAAGGGACACUGCGUAGAACUGCACAAUGACUUAAAGGGACACUGGGUAGAACUGCAAAGUGACUUAAAGGGACACUGCAUAGAACUGCACAAUGACUUAAAGGGACACUGGGUAGAACUGCACACUGACUUAAAGGGACACUAGGUAGAACUGCAAAGUGACUUAAAGGGACACUGCGUAGAACUGCACAGUGACUUAAAGGGACACUGGGUAGAACUGCACACUGACUUAAAGGGACACUAGGUAGAACUGCACAGUGACUUAAAGGGACACUGGGUGGAACUGCAAAGUGACUUAAAGGGACACUGCAUAGAACUGCACAGUGAUUUAAAGGGACACUGCAUAGAACUGCACAGUGACUUAAAGGGACACUGCAUAGAACUGCACAGUGAUUUAA